AUGAAUUUGAAGUUGAUUGUAAACCAGUUGACUCUAUCAUUUGCUUCAAUUUAUACUACAAGUUCAGCUAUUUGCUAUAUCUUAUUAGAUCUCAUUGCUUAUUCGGAAUUUAUUACACCUUUUCGUAAAGAAAUCGAACAGAAACCAGCUGUAAUUCUCCGCAUAACAACCGCUCCCCUUUAUCUUUCCAUCAGCCAUACUAUCCCCAAGGGAACCAGUGUAUUAUACGAUUCCCAUAUAAUCAACUUAGCAGGCCUUAAUCUCUCUUCGCUUCCCUACAAUCCUUCUAUAAUACUCAAACUCAAUCCUCCCAAUAUUUUGUUUCCCUUCCGCUUUUCCUUACUAUAUAAAAUUCCAGGAAAUAAUCACCACGCAUGUCCAGGUCGAUUCUUUACAGGGGUGGAACUCAAAGUAGUAAUGGUCGAAUUAUUGAGACAUUGGGACUUUAGAAAUAUUAGGGAUGUCAAAAUAAAGGGAGUUGAGAGACCAGUAAACAUUGUUGUUGGUAUUUUUAUUCAUCCGCAUCCGGCGGCGCAGCUCGAGUUUAAGAGAAGAGCUUAG